AGGAGGGACCUCGCGGCUCCGCGCUGAACUUUGACUCCCUCCGUCCCGGCCUCUUCCCGGGGCUCCCCGCUGCCCCCCGGCCCCAUUCCCGCUGCACCGCAGGAUGCAGAUCUCACCCGUGCUGGCCGGAGGACUGCUGCUCGCUCUGCUCUCCGUCGGGCUGGAGGCGAAGCCGGCGUCCCAGCUCCCGCAGAAGGCGUCCCGUGGAGCAGCGGCAGCGGCGGCGGCGGCGGCGGCGGGUCCGCCCGAGGCGGCGGGCGCGGAGCGGGACAAGGAGAAGGAGAAGGAGCGGAACCGCGGAGGAGGCGGCGGAGGCGGCGGCACGGGGCCGCGGGAGGCGCGGGAGGCGCGGGCAGAAACGCGGCCCCGGGCGGGUUGGGCGCGGCUGCUGCAGGAGCCGUCGGGCCGCCGCAAUAAGGGGCUGCACAAGAAGGGGCUCGGGAAGGGCUGCUUCGGCCUCAAGCUGGACCGCAUCGGCGCCAUGAGCGGCCUCGGCUGCUGAGGGACCUCUGGCGAGCGCCGGAGCGGCUCCGUUGUUCCCCCAGGGCCGGGCACGGCCGCCCCCCAGGCACCGCCCGGAAGAGCAGAGACCUCCCCGGAUCGGACAAAAGAUGUGGCUGUGUUUUUCUUUUCGGUACGAGGAGUCAUGGCACCAGCUGUUUUGGUUCUGUUAUUUUUUUAAAAAGCGCUCUCUAUCUUAUAUAUAUUAUAUAUACAAACACUCACCGAGACAAGGGACAGUGCUUUUCUGAGAGACUGAUGAAGCCGGCUGUAUAACGUUGCUGUUUGUAAAUUCAUGUCAUGCAUAAAUGUAUUUAUGUUGUAAAGCUAUUUAUAUAUUGUUUAUAAAGAGAUAUUUAUAAAAAAAAAAAUUAUUUAUGUAACUAAAUGAGAAGUCAAGCAUUGUAACAUUUUUUGUCCUAAGUAGUUCACAAAAAGGUUAAAAGAAAAAAAAAAAAUCAUUCGGUGCA